UCCUGUGUUAUUUGGCACCAUGAAAUAUUCCUCAGAGAAAGGGACCGGCACAGGAUUUAGUUCCAACAAACACGCAACAAUAAUCUCCUCCUUAUCACCCCCAAAAUGGGAAGAGUGCCCAUGAGAUCCUCAGAGAAAAAAGAAGAGGCACAGACACCAACUUCUGCCAGCACCUGGCCAGGGUUGGGGGGGCGAUGCUGGGGCUGUGUAGGCUGAGAAACAUAAUCCUGGACAUGUUUUGAAGGCAGAAAGCAUGCAAGCUUGCCCUAGGAGUGGGUUGGCCUGUGAUUAACCAGUUGCCCAAGAAGACUCCAAGGUUCUUCUCCACAAUGCUGCUUUCCAGGAGGUCCACCCGAACCUGUACUGGUGCCAGGGGUUGUUCCUCCCCAGGGGCACGACCCUGCUCCUUCCCUUGUUGAAUUUCAUGAAGUUCUUCUCUGCCCAGUCCAGCCUGCCCAGGUCUCUGGAUGGCAGCUCAGCCUCUGCUGUGUCGGCCCUUCCUCCCAGUUUGGUAUCAGCAAACUUGCUGGGGGUGCACUCAGUCUCUUCAUCCAGGUCAUUGAUGAACAGGUUGAACAGGACUGGACCCAGUGCUGACCCCUGGGGAACCCGCUGACUACAGGCCUGAAUCAGACCCUGCACCGUUGAUCACAACCCUCCGGGCUCUGCCAUCCAGCCAGUUCUUGAUCCAUCUCACUGUGCAUUCAUCCAGCCCGCACUUCCUGAGCUUGUCUGUGAGGAGAUUGUGAGGGACGGUGUCAAAAGCCUUGCUGAAGCCAAGGCAGACAACGUCCACUGCUCUCCCCUCGUCUAUCCAGCCAGUCAUACCAUCAUAGAAGGCUAUCAGGUUGUUCAAACAUGAUUUCCCCUUGGUGAACCCAUGUUCCUGAUAACCUUCUUUUCUUCCACAUGCUUGGAGAUGACGUUCAGAACGAGCUGUUCCAUCACCUUUCCAGGGAUGGAGCUGAGGCUGACUGGCCUGUAGUUUCCUGUCUCCUUGUUGCCCUUUUUGACAUCUGGAGUGACUCUGUCUUUCCUCCAGUCCUCAGACACCUCUUCUGUUCCCCAUGAGCUUUCAAAGAUGAUGGAGCUUUCAGUCCUGGCUAGAUUUCAACAUUGUUACUCCUCUUAAGUGAUAGCUGCUUGAGCAAGGCCUGUUGUCCAUAUAAUUAAAUAUGAAGCUUUUCUUUUCCAGCCUAGUCAUUGUACUUUUUGUAAAGAUCCAUUUCUUGCAGUGUUUCUAGGAGGUAAAAUGAAACUGGAGCAUUCCCAGGUUACACUUGUGUUUUCCUGAUUUCUUGUUAGGCAUCCAGAUGCUGUCUAAACGUGUGUUUGCCUCUGACCAUGAAAACAUCAGGAAUAGCUGCUCUUGCUUUGCUUAUCUUUUUGUGUAGACACAUGGCAGUUUUGCCACUUUUCCCACUCUAUUUAAGGAAUGUCUCCUUGCCCAGCUUGGUCCCUCUGGUGCCUAAAUGUGUGAGCAGGAUCUGGCUGAAAGGAUCACUGUUUUUCUCUUUCCCCCAUAACACUAAUUUCUGAUUUCCUGGGCAUCUUGCAGUCAGCUCACUUCUCGGUGAAGCUCAGUGUUUGCACAGAGAGUGGGACGGCCAAGGUGUCUGUGCCGUCCAACCCAUCCCGCUCCCUCCCAUCAAAGAUUUUCUUGGAGGUUCUCAGGGUUCCUGUGCUCAGGGUCCCUGAAUCAGGGCUGUGUCUCCAAGCAGCCAUUUCUCCACCAGCCCAGAGCCACACACCCCUGCACACGGGCAGCCUUGCUAUUGCAUAUUUGCCAGCCAGCUCCUAUACACAGAGCAGCCGGGGUGGCCCUGCUAAACCGGCUUUACACGGUUAGUUUGGCUCCAAAUGGUGAACACAGCCUUUCUGAAGCAUCAUUGCUCCUUAAUCUCAUUCCAGCUUCAUGCCACCCACGUGUGGCUGAUCAAGGGAAUCUAAGCUCUGCUCCACAACAUCGGGUGCUCGUGACCCAUUUGCUGCUCUGUGCAACACUCUGCUGGUUGACUCUGGGCUGGAAGGAUGGAGCUGUUGCUCCUUCACUACCCAUUUACCUGUCUGUUCAUCAUGUUUCUAGUCCUUUACCAGGUGAAUCCUGCAUUCAGAUACUUCUGCAAGAUGAACUUCUAUAAGUUGUGUCUCUUUGCCCUCAGCACUCUGGUUAUUAUGAUGAGUAUUCCUCGCGGACGUAAUGUGGAAAACGUCAAGUUUUUUCGCAUGACAAUCUUGCCACUCAAAUACAUCUUUGGCCUCAAGAUAGUGGUGAAGGGCAAGGAGAACCUCAGGACUAAGGAGCCUUUUGUCCUCGUGUUGAACCACCAGACUUCUCUUGACAUUAUGAUGGUGGCGGAGAUAUUACCACAUCGCUGUGUGCCUGUUGCAAAGAAGGAAGUCUUGUACAUGGGCACUUUUGGCUUAGGAUGCUGGCUUGCAGGGUUCAUUUUCAUUGACCGCAAGAAAAGGGAAGAGUCUAUUGCUACCUUGACAGAGGUGGCACACUCCCUGCACAAAGAAAACUUCAGUGUCUUGAUCUUCCCUGAAGGAACUCGCAAUCGUGGUGGCUCCAUGUUGCCCUUCAAACGUGGGGCCUUCCAUCUGGCCGUGAAAGCCCAGGUCCCCAUUAUUCCUGCAGUGAUCUCUUCCUACCACGAUUUCUACAACCAGAAGGAGAAGAGAUUUACACCAGGGAAAAGCAUCAUCCAGAUCCUGCCAAAAGUGGAGACCCUUGGCCUGGGCCCAGACGAUGUUCCCAAGCUCACCGAGCAGGUCCGUGACUCCAUGCUCACCACCUAUCAGGAGAUAUCAGGAAUGACGAACAAGGCUUCCCAUUAGUGAUCCCGUCUUCCAGCUCCAGCUGGGGGGGAGGCCAUGGCAACAACGGGGAGGUAUGGAAGCAGUGACAACCAUAGAUUAUCAUAGAAUUAUAAAUGUCCUGAGUUGGAAGGGACCCACAAGGAUUGAGUCCAGCUCCUGUCCCUGCACAGGACACCCCACAGGUCACCCCGUGUGUCUGAGGACGUUGUCCAGUCUCUUCUUGAACACUGUCAGGUUGGGGCCGUGACACCUCCCUGGGGAGCCUGUUCAGUGUCCAGCACCUCUGGGUGAAGAACCUUUUCCUCAUGUCCAACUGACCCUCCCUGGCACAUCUUCUGCCGUUCCCUGGGCUCUGUCACUGGUGGCCACAUUGCAAACUUGUCAUGCCAGAGACAGGGAAAACAUCCACAGAGGAAGAAAACUUCAUAAGUGGAGGUGUUGAAAUUGUUGCCAUGUUCCUUGCAGAGAACUACGCCACUUACAUGGACAGACAUGUGGUGGGUAGCUGGACAUUUCUUUGUAAUCUUAACCCUGAGAACUUGUCUCCAGUUGGACCCUAGGCAAAACCAGACCCUCCUGCGAGCAUCUUAAUUUUUCCUAUUCCAAAACAACAAGGUGGAGGUAUUCCUCCCCUCUCAGCUGUGCCAAGGAGAGAUGGAAACUUAAUGUGACUUAUACAUUUUUGUUUUUUAUUUACUUAAUACGAAUUUGGGAGCAACCAUCCCAGCCAAAUGAUUAAUUUUUAGCCCUAAUGCUUGUGUUUUACAUACCAGCCAGUCUAUGGCUUUUUUAUGCUGAUAUGUUUAGCUAUGAAUGAUAGCCAAAUAAUGUUUUGGACAGAUAUUUGACAUACCAGAAUUGAUGCCAAAUGCAGAUGAGUGCAUACAAUGUAUUUUAUUAAUGCCCAGCAGACCAAACACGUGUGCAUUAUAGGAUUUAAAGAAAAGAUGUCUCUAGGCUUCAAGGUGCAGCUGUCAUUCUCUAGUGUCUUCAAAGACUGAAAAACUCAACGCUAAAUAGAGACAUCCCAUACAGUUUGUGCACUUGUGCAAAACAAGAAGGAGAUAAAGUUUUGAUAAAAAGUACACAAACUUGCUAAUUUCUGAGCAAGUACAAAGGGUAAGAAAUUUGAUUUCGAAAUGUAAGCACCUCAGCUUCCAGAUUUGACACCACUUUGAGGACUGGAAGUUAAAAAAUUCUCUUGAUUUUGCCUUUAGAGAGUCAGAAAGCAUCCAGCACCUAACCAGGUCUUGCAAACCUCUGAAUGUGACAAUAAAACAUCAUCAACAAAGAGUUACAUUAAUGGAAACUUUUACAAAUUAACGACAUAAAAAUCACAGUACAGCAAAUAAAACAAUAGACGGAGUCUUGAGCUCCUCUCUGUAAAUCACACGCCGAGGUUCAGUCAGCUGAGCAUGAUGCGGUUUCCCAGAGCAGCUCAGUGCCACCCUGAGGAGUUUCCAACGCUGGUCUGAUGGGCAGGAUUGGAAACUGUCAAUGAAGCAGAAAAAGCCACUGAGAGGCAGCAAGUUUUUCCUGGGCACAAUAUUUCUCCCCACAUUUUUAUUCAGCUUCGUAGUUUACAAUAGUCACUGGUUAAUGGGUAACUGAGUACCAGGUCAUCCCUGUAUCCUUGUACCUCUGAGACACUGUGGUGCUUUCAGUCUUGCACCUCCAGUGACCUAACAUCAGACAGCCCUUCGGAUGAGUGCUUUGUGGGCAAUUUCUUGGCACUUGAAAAGGUUACACUUUUAGCAGUUGCUUUUUGACACCCUGGGAUGUCACUGUCUCUGGGCUUUGCAAACACAGUUCGGCUUCCUCUCAGACUGGUGAUAAAAGAGCCACAGGAAGCAACUCAGCAAAUUUUAAUGACUGUAAGAAUAAGUUAAUAAAAGAAAUCAGGAAGCCUCUAUUGCUUAGGGAGAAAGCAAGCAUCAGGUGGACUCUGUUCCUAAAGAAUGGGGUGAAAUCACCGUAAUUUAGCCUUUGUAUCAAGUGUAAGUAUAUUUCUUAAACCACAGUUAAUCGAACUCAAAUCCAGUACAGGAACUGCCUGAAGAUGCUUUGUGGUCUGUAUGUUACAGAAGGACAGAGUGGGUGAUUCACAAGUAUUACAAUCAUCUAUAAAUGGGUUGCCAGAAGGAAAAAUUCAAUCCAGCCCAUAUUUCUCAGGACAUACCUGUCUUCUCUCUACAUUAUUGACAACUGGGAGAGCCCAUGCCAAAAAUAUAUCAGUAGAAGGACACAAAUAGUUCCUCAUGUCAUAUAUGACACCGUUUUACUGUCUUUCAGGAUGUGGCACAUCGUAAUUGCUGACUACGCCUAUUAAACUGCUGAUGUGUCAGGGUACACAGUCUCAGAACUCCAGAUAUACCAUAAAAUGCUUCAAAGCUCUAGGGAAGGCAAGGGGAGAGCAGAGGCUUGGACCUUCAAAGUAAGAAUUUGGAGCAAGUUGGCUAAUUCCGAUUGUUUUCUUCAUGUACACUCUUCCUGUGAAGGAACACUCCAGUUGUCCUGGGACAAGGUGCUUAGAGAAGGACAUGUUCACAAGGACAAGAACAGAAUGGAUUUUCAGGGAUUUCCUGUCUAGUUGAGGAGGAAGCCACAGGCUACUAAGGAAUGAUGAAGGUGAUGGAUUGCAAGGAGACGAGGCCAACAGUGUGUCUGCCUCCAGUGGUGUCUGAGUGGGGCUGGGUGGAUGGUCAAGGUCUUUUUGAGGGCAGAGUCACUGUGACGACCUUAAUUCUUUUAUUUCUUUAGGUGCACAAAAGUCUGACCUUGUAGGAGAUCUAUUAUUUUUGUCAGACCACAGACAACAAUGUACCUUUUGUGCUGCUCUCAGUCUCGUCUUUCCAGGGUGAAAGGUUGAGGGCUUCAAUCUCCCGGCAGUCAACGAAGUCCUCAGGGUAACUGUUGACCUUGAACACAUUUCUGGGUAUCUUUUUGAUGUGGGUAUUGUCACAAACCACCCUCGACAGUGAGAUUUUUCUCAGUGCACGCAGCUGCCGUGGAGUGAAAACUCCUGGGUUUUCCCACCAGAACCUGUAAAGACAUUUUCAGAAGCUUAUAGUCUUAUAGUCUACUCGAAGGUGUGUCAUGCUGGUUACUUGCCUAGAUGGGAAUCUGGCCAACGUAAGUCUCUGCUCAGAGUCGCCUUGAUUCCUCAGGUAGCAGGAACACCUCUUUGGAAAGAGGUUUCUCCAGGUGUGGCCAGGUCUGGAUGCUGUGACUCAUGUGCAGAGAUCCUGCCUCUUCCAUGCAGCAUCGCCAGGCUGCGGGAGGCAGUGACUGAUCCUCCCCUUCUUCACCCUGAGAGCAAACGUCACCUCAGGCAGCGACUACUCCAGAUAACCCAUGGCCUGGAGCUGGUGAACCCCUACCGUAUGGGUCUGUUGGAAUGAGCUGAAAAAAAGAGCCCUUUGAUAACUGGGGCUUGAAUCAAGGUGUGAGCCUUGCUGGGAGCAUUCACUGUCAUGUUGGAGAUGGGCUGGAUUAGUGUGCCACAUGAAACGUCAGCAUAUUUUUCCUUAAUAAAUGCCAUGGGGAAGGUUUGCUCCCAGGUCUGCAUACCUGUCCCCAUCACGCAGGUUCCUGAACUGGGUGCCAAUGAUGCAGGCCAGGAGAGGUCCAACUCUGCCCUGGGCAACAAAGGGUUCUGAGAUUGCCCCAAUCCAGAUGUCAAUAUUUUCUGGUGUCCCAUACAACUCCAUGAACUUCUUGGCCAACUUGGAGUUGCCUAGCACCUUAGAGAAUUCAUCUACAUUUUGAGGCUGGGAGAGCCCACAGAAGCGCCUCCAGGCAUUGUAACCUGCAAAAGCAGAAAGAGCACCUGAUCAGGACCUGUGUCUCGUCACCAUCUGCCUGGGGUCAGGAGCUAAAUAGAUGCCUUGGCCCAUCAGCAACAUCUGCUUCUUCUCAUGGGAUUAGAGGAUCUGGGAGGCAUUAUUGUCUAGGUAGAGGCAGUCACAACAAAUGCCGUGUUUUCCAAGAUCUUUCUUGUGUGCACCCAUUAAACUAACAAUUUGGGUUGUGUUCACAUGUGACUUGAGGUUCAUUGUAUCCUGUUGGUUAGAGCUACCUAGUGCUGAAGGUGAAUGCAGCGGUCCUUGCAGUUUUGGGAAGAAAAAUUUAUAGGAUCAAAGUCCUAAAAAAAAGCAACAUUUGACUGUGGUUAACCCAAGAGCACCUGUUCUUCUCCAGAGCCUGAGGGCAGUCAUAUCUGUGGGUGCAGGACACUUCUGUCAGAGCUCUGGGUUGUCUGAAGGCACAAAAUAAGCAUUGAUGGGCAAAGAGCAAAGCACGGUCUGUCCAGCCCACGUGAAAGCUGAACCUGGUGUCCCUAGCUUCUGUACCACACAUGCCCUCUCUUUGCAAUACACCUUUGUUUCUACUCCUCUUUAGUACAUUAUCCCAGCUAUCAUUUUUGCUUUCCAAGCCUUCCUCCUCGUCUUAAAUCCCUCAGAAAAAGCCCUUUAUAAUACAGAGACAUUGUCUUCCCUGAGAUCGACUGUGUGGCUAUCCUUCCCCCUCCAAUAAAGGUACUGUUUCUUCCCACUGGUAUGGAAAAAGCUUAGUACCUUCAUGGAACUACUAUGAAGAGCAGAGAAAAAGAAUAUUGUUCACAGAACGUGUGACUUGUGUCUUCUUACCUGGAAGGCCAUGGUCUCUUCCCCGUUGCAUGUUCAGGGCUGCUAGAUCCAGACCCAUUAUCUCUGUCUGCUCAAAAAGGUGGUUCUGCAGCUCCUCAAUGAGCAUUUGAUUCUGUUUCAUCAGUUUUGCGUGAUCCACCACCAUGCCCCGUAUCACCGGGUCAAUGCCACCUGCAUUCAUUGCAAACCAAGGAAAGACUUUCGGUAUCACAUUGUAGCUAUGAUGGUCCCUUUUGUGCAGCUGAAACCAUGCUGCCUUAGAUGUCUUUUCUAAUCUGGGAGUGUGGAGUUCACCUGUUUCCCUAUUUCCAUUUCAAGAUACACUAGAACAUAUGUCCAUUUCUGCAUAUGCCAGUAGAUGAGGCCUCCCUUUAAAUUCCUCACCCCUCACCAUCCCUUGGCCUUCCUGAAAUCCACUUGUUGUCCACCAGGACCUCCAAGUCCCUUUCCAUAGAACUGCUCCUUAGCCUGUCAGUCCUCAAUAUAUACUGAUACCCGGGGUUCUGUCCAAGGUGUUAGGUUUUGCAACACAUUUUGUUUAUAAUUAGCUAUUAAUUGACAAAUAUUUAUUAAAAUAUUAAAUGCAUGUGAUAGAAUCAAUUAAUGUCUGUUGUCUAUAUCAAGACAGUAUUAGUAAAACACGGGAAAAUUGGCUUCAUGUGUGUCUUUCAGUGUGUUUUCCAUCAUUAUUUGGAUAACUCAUUUUAGAAGAGACAUUUCUCUUUAUUGGAAAUAUUAAUGACUUCAGAUAAGAUAAGAGCAGGAUCCCAUAACUCCCUUUAGAGUCAUUAAGAGAGAUGCUGCCACUAGGAAGCAAUUAUGCUGCCUUAGCUCGGUUAGGCUGGAUGCAUCACCCUCUGGCAAUGUCUCCUAAUUACAGUGGGAUAUAAUAACUCGGACUGAUGUAAAUUUUGGUUGACUGGUAUUUGUGAGUUUUGUGGCUCCUGGGACAGCACAAGCAGUGGCACUAUGUGAGUGAACGUGCAAUGCUCACACUGUUUGGUCUCACUGGGCUGAGAUGUUUGGCAACUUCAGUUACAUAUUCUGGUGAUUUACUGGCAUGUUCAGGAUAUGAAUGCAAUUACGGUGCAGUUAAUUGAGGAGGACAACACUGAAAAUCUGUGUAAAAGAACCUACAGAACUGGAUGUUCUGGUGCAAAAUCCUGCUCCAAAGCAGCUGCUUCUGCAGGAGCUGGUGCUUGAUAACAUUCUAUGGUCACAGUAUAACAGCACGUAAUUUUCAGCAGGGCUCCUCUGCCUGGGUACAGUGCAGAACCAGUGUCAGGCUGUGUCUGGAGACAGUUCUGCAGCUCUGUCCUGCUGCCCCACGUUUAGCAGACCACCGAUUUGUCUGCAGUCCCUUGGGUACACACAUCAUGAGCAUCUUCCAAGCUGAAUGACACUGUAAUUUGUGUGAGGCCAGUUAAAUAAAUGGAACCAAAGCAGUUUUUGGAGUCCAAGGCUCGUGUGUCUUACCAACUGACCUCCACCUGUGUCUGCUUCAGGACCAGACCAGGACUGCUGGCUCUCCCACAUUCUUACCUUCCAUUACAAUCCUCCAUGUAGCACAAAAGGUCAAAUGAAGAGGGACGUGGGAGAAUGAACCCAAAGGCUGAAAACUGUCAUUCAAACGGGAUACAAAAGGCUGUACUGAUGCAUGACCGAAUCGGAAAGCCAAGGUAAAAACAUUUGAGAUUCUAGGAUCCACACUCUCAUUGUAGCCUCUGUACAAAGGGAUCCACUUGCUGGUCUCCUCCCCAAGCAGAACUGGAAGGUAAUCUCGGUAUGUUAUUAUCUGGAAAAACACAAAAACAGAUCAAGUUGUCAGCAGCUGUAGCAGAAACGCCACCAGAGCGCAGAGCACGAACCUCGACCUCAGCCCAGUGACAGAAUUCACAGGAUCUUCAGAAAAAAGAGCUGUACCAAUGGCAUGAGUUUGGCAUAACAUAUUAAAAUUAUUUAAUGUAAUAAGUAAUGGAUUAAAGUGAUAGAUUACCAGUUUAUAUAAAUAAUUGAUAAACUGGUAAAAUAAUGGAUAAAAAAGCUCUGGGUACCCAUGCUAUCUCAUAUGGAUCAUCCGUAUCCAGAAGUUUUCAGCUCCCAGAAAUAACUCCACUAGAUCCUCAAAGCAUUAUUUUCUUCCUUUUCCUGGAGGAAAACGCAUUUCUAAGCAUGCAGGUAAUAAAUGGUCAGCAGUGAUCAGUACCUGGAUUAUGGCAGCUACAAUCUUUCGAGUCUCUUGGUAAAGCUUUUCUCCAUCCCAGUGAGGAUUUAAUUUGCUCAGCUCUCUGACCAGGCGGUUGUGUUCUCGCAGAAAGACGGUGUGCAGCGCAGAAAGUCCCAGGUUUUCAGUUACCCGUUUAUCACCUACAAAUGAAAAUAACUUAGGGAUUUUGUAAACUGCUUUUUAUUUCAGCAGGUUCUUGUGUUAGGACAGAUGAGUAGCAACUGACAGUGUUCCUGGCAGUGACGCUCAUGGUUAAGCUUCCUAGUGGUCAUCAUUUGUGCCAGAGAUUUCUUACCAGCACAGGCAAAACAUUCUCUCUGUCCAAACCAUUUAGCCAAAGCCAUUGGAGAAGGGGCUAUUUGGCAAGUUAAAGUAUAUUGCACAUGGUUGUGAAGCAGCUGUAAAUGCCACAUUCUGUGAAAAUCCCGUGUCUGCCUUCCUUUCAUCCCUCAAGGACACAGUCUUCCUAUUUUAAAUAUUUCUGUGUUUGAUUUAGUUUGUUUAAAUUGCAGACAAACUUCUAGGCUUUUCUUCUGACGUAGGUUGGGAUAUCUGAAGUAUGAAAAAUUUAGAAUGUGGUGUCAGGGAGAGUUAUUCACUGAAUUGAUUAAGAGCAUUUAAUUGUUAGUAUUUAUUUGGUUUAAAACCGAAUGGUGAAUUCUAGGCAGGAGGGGAAAAAGUCACUGAGAAGUUUUAAACACUGAUGGUUAUUCUAUUGAAAACUUCUCCUACCUUUGUAAAUAGUUUUUAAAGGGAGGAUGAUUUGCUGUAACUCUUUUGGAAAUUAAAAUGAAAUAAUUUUCACAUUUGAUUAAACAA